AUGGCUGCCAAUGGACAAGUAGCUGUAACAAACAAGGGGUUGUUGGAGAAAUACCUCCGGCUGGAGCAGCCGAAAGAUAAGGUGAUGGCCGAGUAUAUCUGGAUUGAUGGUACUGGAGAAGGGAUCAGAAGCAAGUGCAGGACUCUGGAUUCUGAACCCAAGGAUGUUAGUGAGUAUCCUAUUUGGAAUUUUGAUGGCUCCAGUACUUACCAGGCAGAGGGUUCGAACUCGGAUAUGUACCUCCACCCCUGCGCCAUCUUUAGAGAUCCCUUCAGAGGAGGAAAUAAUAAACUAGUUUUGUGCGAGGUUUAUAAAUACAACAAGAAGCCUGCAGAGACUAACAGGCGUAAAACAUGUAACGAGAUCAUGGAGAAAGCCAAAGAUGCCAAGCCAUGGUUCGGAAUUGAGCAGGAGUACACUCUUCUGGACUACGAUGGUCAUCCUUUUGGUUGGCCCAAGAAUGGUUUCCCAGGACCCCAAGGUCCCUACUACUGUGGUGUUGGAGCUAACAAAGUCUACGGGCGAGACAUUGUGGAGGCUCACUACAGAGCAUGCUUGUAUGCUGGUGUGACCAUUAGCGGCUGCAAUGCUGAAGUCAUGCCUGCUCAGUGGGAGUUCCAGGUGGGUCCUUGUGAAGGUAUUACCAUGGGCGAUCACCUAUGGAUUGCCAGGUAUCUCCUUCAUCGUGUCUCUGAGGAGUUUGGCAUCGUAGUGACCCUUGACCCCAAACCAAUGGAAGGUGACUGGAAUGGGGCUGGUGCUCAUUGCAACUACAGCACAAAGGAGAUGAGGGAGCCAGGUGGCAUUAAGGCUAUAGAAGAAGCAAUUGAGAAACUCUCGAAGAAGCAUGCUCUCCAUAUAAAGGCUUACGAUCCCCGUGAAGGCAAGGACAAUGAGCGGCGUCUAACUGGCCACCAUGAAACUUCUAGCAUUCACGAUUUCUCAGCCGGUGUUGCCAACCGGGGAGCUAGUAUAAGAAUCCCUCGCCAGGUUGCUGAGGACGGCUUUGGAUAUCUGGAGGAUAGGAGACCUUCCUCCAACUGUGACCCAUAUUCAGUAACUGAGGUGAUAGUCAGGACUACUAUCUUAGGAGAGUAG